AUGAAACCAAACAACAGUAAUACCUCAACUACUGCCAACAAUUUAUCUGAUUUUCAAUUACGUUUACAUGUGGAUUUAGGACCAAUUGUUGCUUGUGCCUAUCCUAGUCAGUUCUAUUGGCUACAGAUGAUGUUUGGUCAACUUGUACAUAUAUAUGAAGAUUAUGUUGAACAUCGUAAAAGUAUAUCAGAACAAAGAAAACUAGAGAACGAUAUGACAUGUUAUUAUUCAGACUUGUUAACCCACAAUCACUUAUCAAAUAUGAUGAGAGAAAAUAAUAAUUGUCUGAAUAUUGUUACACCGAAUUUGGAUAAUCAUAUUUGCAAUUAUUCUAAUCAUGAUCAUUUUCAAAAAUUGUACUCAACAUCACCUGAGCUUACGGAGACUCAUCUUAUUGAUUUGGAUCUCUCAGACAAUACAAGGGAUUCUCAAAACUUUACAUCUACAAUGCUGAAUAGUGAAUUAUUUCGUUCUUGUUUGACUGAUGUAUCAACCAGUACAAUGCAUGAAGACAAUGCUACUUUAAACCAUGUCGAUCAUCAUUAUGUUCAAAAAACUGCUGGUAUGCGUAAUUUAUCUCAAGUGACUACAAAGUAUAGCAUAUCAGCAAAUAUACUUUGUUUAGCAUUUGUUGCAUUCUAUGAAGAUGAAUCUGUGUUAACAAAUAAUCAAACAGUUGAAGGGAUUGCUUUUUCAUCCAAUUUAAAUUCUAUGCAUAAAUAUCGAUUCAAUGGAAGUGAAUUGAAUCAUCAUAAAUCAUUCAAUUCUGAUGUAGAGUUGAAUGAGGAAGUGUCGAAACAUGCUGAAACAUACCAUACGAGUGAAUAUCAUCAUCAAUCAAAUGAUUGUAUUAGUAAAAUGAACGUCAAUAGUAUCCAUAAUACUCCUCCUGCAGCUUUACCAGGACCAUCUAUAUUUUUUGCACGAUUUCAUGGUCUUAUACCAACUCCAAAUUGUCAAUCUACUAAAAAUAAUUUAGAGACUGGAGAUAGAAUACACUUUAAAUGUCAACCAAUGAGUAUAAAUCGUGAAGAAGUGGAUACUGGUCGUAUGUCUUCUUCUGAAUGGGUAGCACACUUGAAACAUCAACUUUCGAAUAUGGCUUAUCCUCGUGAUCAUCUCUGUUUUGUUGGUGGUCUAUGGCAUUUGGAAUUCUCUAACAAUCAUCUGACGACUAUACCAAACGUCAAUCGAUUAACUAGUCAAAAUUAUUUUACCCAGUUAUGCUUUAAUAUUCAACUAUUUGGUAUUCAUUUAUCUGAAUGUUUAUUUCUUGAUGAUGAUAUAACGACAAUCAAGAAUAAGGCUGAAAUGAUAAUGAAUGGACAAGACAAAAAAAUGGAAUCAUUUGAACUGUUGCAUUUCCCGUAUAAUUCUUCAUCAUCGUCAUCAUCCUCAUCAUCAUUCUCUGGGUCGGAUCGGUUAUCCAGGUCUUCAAGUAAUGAACCAGCUAUAAAAUUAAAUGGAACCUUAUAUAUACCACAAAAUGAAGUUGAUUCUCGUUCCAGGAUUACUUCCAGUUCACAGAUAUCCCAGAAUUUUGUCAACGAACUCCAAAUUGACAUCACUCAUUUCUGUGUGGAUUGGGAUAUUAGUAUAAUGGAUCGAAUACAUCGUAUUACAGAUGCAUUAGCGGCUGCAUCUGAAGCUGUUGGUCGUCUGUCACCAUUGAGACCAUCGGAUUUCAAUCAUCACGCAAAGUGGUAUGAUACAGAUAUUCCAGUUACAACAAGAUCUGAUCAUCAACGUACGGAGUUUACUUCAGUUGAUAAGUCAAGUCGUUCUCCUGCAUAUAACGUCUCUCAUACACCUGAUUAUCCAUUUGAACAUGUGAAUUUUUCAAAAUCGUAUUCAUCUUCAGUAAAUCUGAUUAUUAAAUGUUGCAGUUUUGAAUUUAAUCUACGAUUUCCAGUCCCAUUAGAGGCUAUUAAAGGUGCUUAUAAUCAAAAAGUUACAGAAAUGCGUACAAAAUUAUGGGGUUGUGGAAAUCUCUACAAUUUUAAUCAAUUAAAUCUUAUAAAAAAUAUUUCUUGGUGGAAAAAAACAUUACGUAAAGAAUAUCUUUCAUUAUUCAUGAAAAAAAUUUGUUUAACAAUAAAUAAUUAUAAAGAUUCAAAUGAAAAGUUCCAGUAUGAAACAAAUGAUCAUUUACAAAAUUACCGAAGAAAUGAACAAGAAGUAGAGUUACUAAUUGGAUCUAUUUCAAUACACUUGGCUAGUGAUGAUACAAAGAUACAAUCAACUCCUAUUAUCUAUUUCACAUCAAAACCUAAUCCUGGUCCGGAAUCAAUCAAAGUGUAUAUACGCAUAACUCCUAGUGGACGAACUGAUCUUAUUGAAUGCAUAAACGAGAAUCCAAUGAGUAAAGAUUUCGACGAUGUACCAAUCAUUAGCCAACAAUCUUCAUAUUUUGAAGUAGGUGUUGAUUUGACUGCAUACAAAGAACAUAAUAAUUCAUCAUCUGAGCAAUUUUCGUAUAGUCGAAGGCGAUCAACUUCUGAUGAAUCAUCAGUUGAAUGGUCAUUAUGGAAUCAAGCUAAUCCUAAACAAAAUUGUUGUACUCCCUUAGUGAUUAGACGAAAUUUUGUUCAAGAUGCACCUAAACCUCAUUCUAAGCAAAUUUCUUACUAUCCUGGCAAUAAAAUGCAUAUGUCUUCCUAUCGUCAAUCUGCUAGUAUGCAUACUCAUCUAUUUGUGCAUAUCAAAGUACCUGUAGCUGAAAUCACUAUUGAACAAAAGCAAACAGUGGAGUUACUUUGUUUACGACUUAUGUAUGAUCUUUUAUUAUGGCAAUCCUUAUUACCUAAUGAUCGUCGCCUACGUGCAACGCUGAAACGUCCUAAUAAUUCGAGUAGAACAGUAGAUCCUGUGGCCAAUUCAGAAGUGGAUCAUCGUUAUUGGUUUUUAAGUGAUCCUGCCCCACUUGCUAGCAUAUAUGCUCAUCCUGAAGCUGCUCGUGCAGCUGCUGAACUUGAAGCGAUUUCACCAAUUGGCUAUCAUAAUGUAUGUCAUCCAAGUGGGUUGCAUUACCAUUCAGUCAGAAGCGAUGAUGACGAUGAUGAUAGUGAUGACAUUAAAGAUGAAAUGAAUGAAGUUUAUGCUAAUAUUGAAAAUCCUGUCGUCAACCGAUGUUCUACACAUUUUAAUACAGAGAAUGUAAAACAUCCUAAAUGGAAAAAUGUGUGGUCAAAUGAUUUACGCAAGAAUUUUUACAGCAAGACAAGUAUAAACCCGAAUAUAUCUUCGCGUCAACACACUUCUAGCCUUAACCAACAUCGUUAUGAUAAUAAUAAUAACAAUAAUAGUAAUAUUGAUAAUAACGAUAACGUAGAUGGAUAUCAUAACGUACCAUUAACUAAUACAUCUGUUCAAUAUCAAUCAUCUAUCUGUUUCCAACUGGAUGUAACCUCGACACAACUGACAACAUUUCUGCCUGAAUCGUCUGUGGGAUGUCAGUUGAAAGAGAAGGUUAUUGUAAAAGCUACAAACACAAUACUCUUCGCAGAAAUUGCGCAUAAUUCCAAUCCAUUUUUGAAUUAUAUUGAAAUGGAGAUUGGGGAAUUUGAUAUAUCUUAUUGUUGUAAUCAGAAUCCAAAUUCAGAUCAUCAUCACAGUCCAUCUGAGGGCACUAAUUCAUCGGAUUCUCCAAAAAAUAUAUGGCCUGUUCUGAUUCACCUGUCAUGGGAUUCUAUUGGUUAUCCAUACGGUUCAUCACUUCAUCAAUUCGGAGUAUCCAGUCCCAAUUCAUCGAAUGAACCCAUGAUCAGCUUAGCUUUAGAACACAGACAAACUCAUCAUUUAUCUGACUCAGGUUAUUCUACAUACGACGAUGAAUUCAUUUUGGCUCUACGAAUUCAGGAUAUCUGCUUCAUCUACUGGCCACUAUUCAGUGUGAAUAAUCGUUGGGAUAUCUUUUCCAAUAUUGGCAGUCCUGCCCCAUCUCCACUAAAUACAAAUCCUUCAAAUUAUUUCAAUUAUACACACCAUACUACUGCUAACUUGAGUAAUAGUAGCAAUUUAAACCAUCUAAUUGGUUUACCAAAUUGGUUUAUUCGAUUUUCUAAUCUCUGGCAAACACCAUCACUACCAAUAAUUACUAAAGAAUAUCCAAGUUAUCAUGCACCAGAUUGUUUGUUUUCUCAACACCUACAUUUUGAACAUUUAACUGUAAAUUUUCAAAUGCCGUAUCCAGAGUAUUCCAUUCUGUCAGCUAACAAACCAACUUGUAUAAAUUAUCAAUUAUUGCCUGUACUAUUACACUUUAUGAUCGGUUGUGAAUCAGCUAGCAUUACAGUGAAUACAGCAAUGGAAAUGUUGACAAUCAAUUCAUCAAUUAAUCAAAAUAAUAGUGUUAAUCAAGUGGAUAUGCAACCGGGAAUGUUAGUUAUGGCAUUUAUCAAUAAUUUGGCUCUAUUCAUCUUCCCUGUCAAAAUCACUUCAACCAAUACAACUGGUAAUAUUCUCCGCACUUCUGAAGUAAAUCAUACGCAUCCAUUAUUAACUAGUUUUCGUAAUUGGCUCAAUACCUUGGAUCUUAAUAAAGCUGUGUGUGUGGCAAGUUUAGAUCAUUUGGAGUUGAGAUGCUUUUCUGAGCCUGUUAUUCUACCAAAUACAAUUGAUAAUAGUGACAGUAGUCAAUCACUUGUCAAUCAAAAUUCUACACUGUCUAGAAUAGUGAAUCAAUUCGAUAUGCGAAUCACAAAUAAUCUUCUGAAGAUAAACACAUGUGCAGAUAGUUUAGUUGUACUGCAUAAGCUUGUUGAAUUGCUAAGUGUCUCUGAAACUCUUCCCACAAAUCAUCUAUCCCCAUCUGUUACGAAGAUACCUUCACCUGCUAUGUGUUCAACAGAUUCUGGUGUUAAGCGUUUCAAUCCAUCGAGUUCAAGUGUGUCAAGUCCCAUUCAUCUGCAUUGUUCUCGUAAUAUACUUGAUAAUAAAGGUAAAAGUGGUUCAGGAAGUAGUUUGGAUCUUAUACAAGAUGCAAUAUCUGAUGUUGAGUCUGUGCCAUCAUCGCCACUCAAAAAUUUCAAUCCCAAAAGAUCGUCAGCUGUUGAUAUUCCGUCGAAUAUUUCAAGAAGUUCUAAAAAUAAUGAUUCAUUUGCAAGACGUAUGGAACAGACAAUUAAUGAUGGUGUCAUACCUGUUCAGCCAUGUCGUAUUGUACACAACAACGGUAAUAGUACUAAGCAGAAAACAAUUGUUAUAUCAAAAGACAUAAGACCAUCCAAUCCUAUCAGUUCUCCUAGUACUUCUCCUACUGCCUAUAAAAGUAAGGAGAUCCUGUCAGUUGAUAAGACCCAAUUGUAUCCAGAUUUAUCUAACCAGUUGAAAUCAACUAUGGAUGAAACGCAUACUCCUUUUCGACCGUCAAGCCUUUCAGACGAUUUUGUUUUUAUUGAUCCAUCCACUGUACCUGCAUUGAAUUAUUCAACACCGAAAGAGAAAAUCCGUUGUCUACUACAACCAAGUAUGAAGAUUUCUGAAUGUGUUCAAACAUCAUUACCAAGUUUUGAUAUACACGAAAAUUUUUAUAGUCCACCUAGUUCAGCUUCACAGACUAAAAGUCAUCUUAUCAAUCGAUGGAAUCGUUUAUUUACAGAUCCUGUAAAGAUAUAUCCCCAUCCUUUAUUAGCUAUAACACUAUAUGAUGUUUCUUUUGAAUGGAAUAUAUACGGUGGAAAUGAUCUGAUACCAUCAUCAGCGACUUCAUCAGGCAGUAUUCCUCCAAAUGAAAUUUCGAUUCCUGUUAGGUCGCUGAACAAAUCUCCAACACCAUCUUCACCACUGAAAAAUACCUCAGACAAACUUAUAACACCAUCUCAUUCAAAUGAAUCACCUGUGAGCAAUAAAACUACCACAAAUACAUGGCCUAAUGCCACUAAUACCGGAAAUCUUUCAUCUCCUAAUCAGAUGUCAAAAGUAUGCCCUAAACCAGGUUAUCGUUUCCGUCAUGGCCGACCAGUUAUACAUGAACCAGGUCCUGCGGGUACCAGUGGUGGUGUUGGCCUAAAGUCAAAUAAACCAAAGUCUGAACAAGUUUCAUUACAAUCCAUCAGUGAUCCUAGGAAAGGAAUUCGUUCACGUCAACUGCUAUAUUCACAAGGUGGUCCAGGACGUCAAAUUGAUAAUUGUAUUUCAUUCAACAUCUCAAAAUUAUACUUUCGUCAUGCAAAAUUUCCAGCUCGUAUGAAAAAGUCAACUAGUCAAAAUGGACACCGACAACGACAUUCAAAUUUAUUCAAUUUAACUGUUGAUCCAUUUCAACGUUUAGUUAUUCACAUUUCAUCAAUUGUUAUAUUGGAUCGUGUAAUGAAUUCAAAUGUCAAUCAGCUUCUUUAUUCAUAUAAUAAAAUAUAUUCAACAAGUACUAAUCUACUACCUCAUAAUUCGGAUACACCAAUGCUACGUAUGGUUGUUGUCUGUUGGCCAGUUGUUUCACAUCAAAUAGAACAAGUUAGUGUUCUCUUACCAGAACAAACUAAUCGAAGAGUUGAAGUUGAUGAAAUCGAACGACGAGAUGAAGAAGAUGAUGAUGAUGACGAUAAUGAUCAACAAACAUCUAAGGAGCAUAGUAUGAAUACACCGCCAUCAUCGAUUGCAAAAUCAGAGUAUAUUUAUUUACCAAAACCUAAUAAUCUUGAAGUAGAAAUCAAACUUUCUGUUCAACCGUUGAAAAUUAAUUUAGAUCAGUAUACACUACUAUUCCUAUAUGAAUAUCAAGAGAAUUUCAAACGGUUUCUAACUGCCUCCUCAAGGGAAUCAGAUAGUUUUCAAAUGGGACAAUCUGUUUCAAGUUUGGAGUUUCGAUCACCUACGCAAACAAGUACACACUAUGGUCAAAUACCAGUGUCCAGUGUGACUACAGGUAGUCCACUACAAUCUCAUGUGAAUCACUUGAAUGAUAAUAUCACUACAACACUCCAGUCAUCGACUGGUUUCACUCGUCCAAUGUGCUCAUCAGCAGAUUUUACUGAACCUAAUCAACCCGUUUUAUUUAUAAGGAAAGUCACUUUUUACCCUGAUCUACCCAUUCACCUUGAUUAUCAUGGCAGACGUUUGGAUUUGAGCGGUGGUUCAUUUCAUGGUUUAUUAGCAAUGCUUCUUCAAUUGACAAAUGCUGAAUUCACUAUUCCUCGACGUGUUUAUCAGCGUGGUUAUCAAAGCUUAGAUCGAUUAAUUGAAGAGGUUGUAGAAGAUAUUAGCUCUAUUUUAUCAUCACAACUACCACACGCCAUUGUAACUAGUUUAGGUCCAAUGCAUGAAGUAACACAAUUUCUUCUUGGUUUAUGGGAUCUGAUUUAUCAACCUGUAUGUAGUCUGUAUGGAACUGCUGAAUUACCUAAUCCAUCAAUGGAUCCUAGUCAUAUUGGCACAACUGUCUGUAAACUGGGCUUAUUUAAAAAACCUAAUCGGAUUCAUGAAGAGACCCACCGUAGUGGUGAAUAUUUAUCUCCAGAUAAACUGCAUAGUGUCAGUAGAGGUGGAAUUAUUCAUGGGCUUAGAAGAGGAACACGGUCAUUCUCUACAAGUACUUUAUGGGCAACUUUACAGUUAACUAUUCAAGGCAUUAGAGCUGUUCAGUCUGUUGCAGAAACGGCUUAUGAUUUGGUUACACCUGGACCUGCCUUACGAAGUCGACGAUUACACUUAAGACAACCAGCUGAUCUACGUGAAGGAUUUGGUAAUGCUGUCAAUGUGAUGACACGAGGAUUUCAAAUGGUAGCAGAAGACUUAUGUGGUGCUACUGUUUUGCCUUCGGAAGUUGAAAUUGGAUACAAAGGUCCCGUGGGGAUGGUUGGUGAUGUAUUGCGUCAAAUACCACCGACUAUGGUUACACCGAUCGUAGCCGGUUGUGAGGUAACAGCAAAUAUUCUAGGCGGUUUACGUAAUCAACUCAGACCUGAGGCUAAAGUUGAGGAUGAACAGAAAUGGAAGAACACUUAUGGUUUGUAA